AGAAGAAAAUCUUACAUCGGAUUCAGUGCAGACUGGCGUUCUCGUCCCCAGCUCUUCUGUGCUGAUGUCUACCUGCGAUCUGAGAGUCGGAGCCGAGAGGUGGUGCGUGCGUGGUGCAUGGAAACUUUUAUUUUAUCAGUAUUUUGUUCAUGUUAUGUGAAGUGAUAAAACGUGUACGGUGGCGCUAAUAACGCAUGAAAGUGUCGCGGUCUUGUACAAAGUGGAAGCGGAAGAGAUGCGAGUAACGGGAGCUGGCAUGGAGGUGUAGAAAUGUAGUGAUGUUGGCGAGGAGGAUCCGUGGCUGCAAGAUGUGAGCGAGAGAAGACUAGGAGGUACUUUAAUGAAAUAUGCGCCCCGGGCCGUCCCUGAGCCUUGCCAGUGAAGCUCCACCGCAACUUCUCAACUUUUCUUUGUUUCUUGUGCAAGUGUAGAUGGAUCGAGAGUGUGUUUCCUAAGCUGGGUCUGGCAGUCGUGUCCCGCCGUCCGCGCCCGGCUCACACAGAAAUUAGCCGUUGGCACUGUGAAGGAAGCCAAACCUUUGGAGGGAGAAGGGGAGCGCUCUGUGUUCUGCAAUAAGGAAGGCAUGUACCAGGCAGUGCUUGAAAAUAAUGCAACUCACCUCGUGAACUGCUGCCGCAGGUGUGGAGCGGCCCCCUGGAGGUGUCAUGGGAGGUGACACUCGAGGCGGCUGAGCAACACGAGGGUGAGCUGCUGGGCGGUACUGCUUGGAUGACAGCUGAGGACGAGCGUGUUGCUGUGACCGCUGCAUCUCGGGCCAUCAGACGAGAUGGUUUCCCUCGAAUGUGGCAGCAGUGAUCAGUCCCUUAACAGGUCCUCUUCAUCGGCACCCCCUUGGCCGCCCUUCUCCUCGCAGUGACAUAAGGUCACCACGAGAGAGCCAGCAAGGAAGGGUGCCAGCCUGUAUUGUGCCUUAAUAGGGACAGUGUGAGUCUCCGUCUAUCUUCCUAACAAGACAGUGCGCACCCUCAGAAGGAUUACCGUGCUGCCGUGGGAAGAAUGAUGUGCCAUGACCAGUGAGUGAACCAGUGCCAAGCUAUGUAGUGCCAACGUCGCGGUGCCAUUAGUAGUGUCGGUGUGAGCUGAAUAGUGGGAACGUCCCGCCUUGUUCUGUGUCUUCUGCUGUGAUUCAAGUGCCAAAAUAUCAUACCCAGUGAGAUAUACAGACCGCCUUAUUUAUGAAGUAUUUAGUGUUUGCGUGUGUGUUUGCGUGCGUGUUAUCAGCUUUGUCGGUCGUGUGUGCUCCUGUAACUACUGCAGCGUUCCAGGAAAGUGCAAUACAGAUUCAACAUCUUUUCAUAUCAAAACACACCUGAGGUCACUGAUACUCAGUGAGUGACAUAGUAAUGAUAUUUUUUUUCCUUUGACCAAUCAUUAGUUUAUUUUGGUGGGUGUUGUUAAAGUAUGCAUCUCUGCUUACUUCACCCAACCGAGCUGCGCCACGGCCCUUUCUUCUAGCAGGGAAGGAAAGGGAGGAAAAGUGAUCGGAAGAGAGAAUAAAUUAUUGUUUUACAUAGUGAUUGAAAAAAAGUGUCGUGAUGAAAGACAUACGGGAGUAUGGGUUUGUGCUACACUGCUAUGUUUGGCGGGAGUGACGUGCGCCAACAGUGUCGCCGCAGCAGUAGGUGUGUGUAGCCGCCGGUGUGGUGUGUGGGCCGAACACACACCCGGCCACCCCGCACCCGUCACUCACCAAGAUGGGGCAGAGCCACGCCCGACUUAACGACUCCGAGCGCAAGACCAACUCCAGCUUCUCGCACGACUCCGACAUCAGCCUCAGCACCCACAGCGCAGACUUCUCCCUCACGCCGCCCAGGUCUCGCAAGGCCGUGUCCUUCCAAGGUACGCUUGGAGUGGCGGCGGUGCACGACGAGUCCUCCUGCUGUGAAGGUGAGUGUGACGCCGGAGGAAGUGACGCCGUCUGCCGGGGGCUGACGGGGAACGUAAGCGAGGGAGGGCGUGAGGACGACGACAGUGAGGGUGUGGGUGAGGCACCCCCUGGGUGCCACCCUGCCAUUGACCCACCACCCCCACCACCAUUCAGUCCACCACCACCACGACCACAAGCUAUGGAGGGUCGAACCACUGCUGCUGCAACCAAGCUAGGACGCAUGUCUCCCUCUGUCUAUGUGGGAGGUGGCACCUUGGGAAGGGUUAGCCCAGGUCAUGACUUGGGUUAUCAUACCUUGGUCACAAGACAGACGCCCACACCCACCAGAGAUAGAACCACCCCGACCAGAGAUCGUACAACACCCACAAGAGAUCGCACUACACCCUCUCCAUGGUCAGAUGUGCGAGCCUCGCCUUUCCCUGCUCUUGACCUUUCUGCUUUGUCAUCUUGUCCCCGGUCAUCACCUCGGCCACAACUACCACAAGUACCUCCUCAGCAGCAGCAGUCAACACCACAGCCACAACAACAGCUGGAAAGCACUGACCAGCUGUUGGCUACGUACAAAGGGAAACGGGUCUCUAGAUCAUCUCCAUUUGACAAGCUCAGUGAUGAACUAGUAGUGCGAAUCCUGUCCUUUUUACCAACAAAUUCAGUAUGCCAAUGUGCUAGAGUGUGCAGACGGUGGUAUGUGCUAGCUUGGGAUCCACGUCUCUGGUCCACCAUCACUCUCACCAGUGAAGCCAUUCAUGCUGACAGAGCAAUCAAGCAAAUCACCAGAUUAUUGGCUAGAGAUUCUGGUGGUUGUGUGCAUGUAGAGAAGGUAAUUCUGAACAGUUGUUCAAGAUUGUCAGAUCGAGGCUUGUCUCUCAUUGGUCGGCGGUGUCCUGAACUACGGCACCUCGAGAUAAAGGGCUGCGUAAAUGUCACCAAUAUCGGUAUAUUUGAACUUGUGACUCAGUGUGUCAAUCUAGAACAUCUUGAUGUCACAGGUUGUCAUCAGAUCACAUGUAUUCAUCUGACACAACAGGGAACUGUUGAGCCUGAGCCCCUACAUUCUCGCCAACUGUACCUCCAGUACCUUGAUAUGACAGACUGUUAUGCCCUUGAAGAUCAAGGCCUCAAGGUUAUUGUAAAGAACUGCCCCCAGCUCCUUCACCUCUACCUCAGGAGAUGUAUUAAUAUUACAGAUAUGGGAGUGAAACACAUGGCCAGCUACUGCCUCAUGCUGCGUGAGGUGAGCGUUUCAGACUGUGUCCAAAUAACAGACUUUGGCAUGUACGAGUUAGCCAAACUGGGACCUAACCUUCGCUACCUGAGUGUAGCAAAGUGUGACCAGAUCAGUGAUGCUGGCAUCAAGCAGAUUGCUCGCCACUGUUAUAAGUUGCGUUAUCUUAAUGUGCGAGGUUGUGAGGCUGUCAGUGAUGACUCGAUGGAAAUGGUGGCCAGAUCAUGCCCUAGACUGAGAGCGCUUGAUAUUGGCAAAUGUGAUGUCACAGAUAAUGGAAUGAAACUAAUAUCUGAGCACUGUCCUAACCUAAAGAAGCUUUCAGUGAAAUCGUGUGACAUGAUAACUGAUCGGGGUGUCCAGUAUAUAGCCUAUUAUUGCCGUGGUCUCCAGCAGCUCAACAUUCAGGAUUGUCAAGUAACAAUUGAGGGCUACAGGACAGUCAAAAAGUAUUGUCGACGUUGUAUCAUAGAGCACACUAACCCUGGCUUCUUUUAGUAUAGCUCAAGUGUGCCUGUACCUUGCCCAGUGUUGUGCCAGUGACUGAAGAAAAUAUCACUAGUGCCAAAUAUAGUGAGCCUAUGUAACUGAUGCUAAUAUGGACAAGACCCAGGUGCUAGUGCUAGUGGCCCUAUUUAAUGAGUCACAAAGCUCUGGGCAAGACCAGUGCCUACUCACCUGUGCCAAUUUUUGCAGUGCCAAAAUGGUGAGCUGAAUCCCUUGAGCAAAAAAGCGUCUUAUUACUCCUCCAUGUACCAAAGUAAUGCUACCGUUGCCCAGAAGUAGCACCACUUGCUGCUUGUAUGCCUUGCAAACAUGUUGUUUGCCUUUAUCUCUUGUAAUUGCCUAGUAUGUACCUGUGUAAUACAUUAAUACAAUGUGCACCUUUAUAAUGUGCACAUAUAAUUAAUGUACAUUUUGCUGUGUACGUGCAGUUUUAUAACAAUUUUUUGAAUAGUGUAUGUGCAUUACACCAUAAAAGAUUGAUAAUUUUGUAUACAAUACUGUGUAUGUUUGUUAACAUAUACAGUACAGGAAAUGUAUGCCUUCCCUCAGGCUUCCUCUUUUCACCACUAAAUAUUGUGUGUUCAAACCUUUGCAUGUUGUGUGUUAGUUAUCUCUUAAGAUUAUUAUGAAUGACAUCUCUAUGAAAAAUUUCCAUUAUAUUCAUAUGAAAUUCAAAGUUGCCUAAGUCUAUACUUCAUUGAGAUUUUCAGAGUUUUAUUUACAAUUUUAAUUUGAGCAUAUCAGAUCUUUUAGUUAUUGUAUCCUGCUAAUUUUAUUGUAAAUUUUAACAUAGGUUGUAUUUCAGUGACUUAGUAGUUAAUGGAUUUUUUUUUUUUUUUUUUUUUUUAUCAUCUUUUAUGUUGUUGGAUAAUUUCAUUCUGAAACCAAUCUUAUGUGAUCAAAGGAAUAAUCAUAUGAACAAAUAAGCAUACAUAAAUGUGUUGCCCUAUUUUCUAUUAAUAUUGAUGCAGAAUAUAUAGAUGUGUGUGUGUGUGUGUGUGUGUGUGUGUGUGUGUGUGUACAGUGGUCCCUUGACUUUUGAGUUUAAUUUGUUCUGUGACAGAGCUCCUUUCUCAAUUUGGUUAUAACUCAAAUCAGUUUUCCCCAUUGAAGUUAAUUGGAAUCCCAUUAAUCCGUUCCAGCCUCCCACAAAAAUAUAGCAAAUUUUUUGUGUGUAUUAGAUAAGAAAAAAGUAUUUAUAUAAAACAAAUACAGUGGAGACUCAAUACUCGAACAUCUAAAUAGUCAAACAAAAGUUCGACUUGAUACUCAAAAAAAUACCUGUUAGUCUAACAUCCAUCCACGUGGCUAUAAACAAAGGGUCUCUCCCUUCCUGCUGCCUCACUCACCCCACCGAGCCACUGCAGCCAGUUGAUUCUCCAGUCAUAAGAAUAAUUUUGCCCUGCACUUUCUCUCUCUCUCUCUCUCUCUCUCUCUCUCUCUCUCUCUCUCUCUCUCUCUCUCUCUCUCUCUCUCUCUCUCUCUCUCUCUCUCUCUCUCUCUCUCUCUCUCUCUCUCUCUCUCUCUCUCUCUCUCUCUCUCUCUCUCUCUCUCUCUCCAUUUAGAAGCUCACAGUGGCACUGAAGAGGCUUGUUAGUGGUGAGAAUAAGCCUAAAAGAAAGAAUGUAGUGACGAUCAUCGAAAGGAAAAAGGAGAUUAUUGAUAAAUACGAGAAAGGAGGAAGAAUAGCCAAUCUUGCAGCUGAGCAUUGUAUGGCUAAAUCUACAGUAGCCACAAUACUGAAGAAGAAAGAGCUCAUUAAAAGAGCUGAUGUGACGAUUAGUGUGAAAAGGCAAUUUAAGCGACCUGCGGCAGUGGAAGAAAUGGAAAUAUUGUUGAUAGUGUGGAUAAUUGAAAGGCAGAUGGCUAGUGAUUCUUUGUCAGAGGACAUAAUUUGUGCAAAGACUAAGCUGCUGUAUCAUGAUCUUAUUUCUGAUACUACCACUGACUCCAGAUUUUUUCCCCACCUUUCUCCGCUUCUCUACUACAUUAUCCAUUACCAGUCUUUACUUACAGUAAGUACAAAUCAAUAUCAUAAAGAUAUUUACAUUGAAACUUUUUCUAAACUUAAGUUUGGCAAUGGUCAGAACAAAUUACCUGAUUUAUAGGUAUCAAUAGUUGAACUUUGUAAUACUCAAACAGCCAUUUGGAAUUAACUAAGUUCAAGUAUUGAGUCUCCACUGUACUGUACAGAAAAUAAUAGAACAUAACAAAAGAGAAUGUAAAUAAAUAGAAUGGUUUCAUAAAGUAUAUAUACCUCAAAGAUCAAAUGACUUGGGCAAACAGAAGAUGUUAGCAGAGGUGGAGGGUGGAUGAGGUAGGCAAAAGAGAUGGGAGUAGUUUGUUUCAUUUUGUGCUUUUUCAGUCACUUUCAUUUACUAUAUACUCACUCAGUCACUCAACUUAAUUUACUUCUUACACUCUUAAUGUUACACUUUAUUGCUGAAUUUAUUGAUAAAAAUUUUUUUUAUUUAACUUUCACUUUAUUUAAUUUUCUUUGCUGCUUUUUCCCUUUAUUGUCAUGCUUUCCUCUUUCAUCACCAGGACAUUUCACAAAAUGGCUGUCCAAGGUGGUCUGUUUUAUUAUCCUUUUCAGAAUGUUUCCGGCAUGUGUAAUUACAUAGUGCCAUUUGCUUUGGACCUAUGGUUAGACAAAAGAAAUUUGGUUAAAUAACUGCACAAAAACAUGAAACACUAGUAUAACAUGAGAAAUGCUUUCAUGGUGAAAACAAAACGUGUGUCAGACAUGGGAUGCUGAGUAUUUGCCACCCCAACUGGAGCUGACUCACAACUCUAAUUUUGGCUCGCAAAUCAAAGCAAACCUCAAUUAAGCAAUGGCUCAUAUCUCAGAUUUCUUGUAAGUUGGGACACUUGUAACUCAAGGUUCCACUGUGUGUGUGUGUGUGUGUGUGUGUGUGUGUGUGUGUGUGUGUGUGUGUGUGUGCAUGCAUGUAGAAAGAGAGAGAGAGAAAAUUAUUUUAGCAUUCUUCGAAAUUGCAGUAAACAAAAGUGACUUUUCUUUUUGCAUAGAAGUUAACAAAAGGUAACAACACUCCUUAACAAGUUGGCUAUCAGGCUAAAUUCUGAUAGUUGGAUAAGAAUGAAUCCUGUACAUGCUGAAUUUCUUGAGGAUAUAUAUAUAUAUAUAUAUAUAUAUAUAUAUAUAUAUAUAUAUAUAUAUAUAUAUAUAUAUAUAUAUAUAAUCUACACACCUAUGUUCCUUCCACAUAUUCGAUUACUGUGCUUUUAGUACUAUCUUACUGGUAACAGACUUAUUCAGACCUUGGCUGAUAUGGACCUUUAUUUGGCCCUUCAUAUGAUUAGCCAUUUUGAACCACUUAUUGGCUCAUUCAGAACUUUAUUAUUAAUGCAAUGAAAUAAAUAAGUGAUACAUGUACUAAAAUUUCAAACACAAAAUAUUUUGAAAUAAAAUCCUUUAUAUUUUAUGAAUUUACAUUUGUUGAAAUGAUUAAAAUAUUUCACG